UUUUGGUUUCCGUCCUACAAGUAGCACCAGAUGUACCUCCCGCUAUGUUCAGGCCCAUCCUAAACAAAUAAAUUACCUGCAGUUUUAAUAUAAUAUUAAAGAGCCAUAAAUCGAUUAGAAAGGCGGGCAUUUCUUUGUGCGCUACGAUGGCGACAUGUCAUGGCAGGGUAUUUUGGUAUCCGGGCCAAAACAGCUGAUCGCACCCCACCGCAUCGUCCUGCCGUUGCUCUUCCAGCGCCAUAUCUGUUCCGUUCCAGGAAGUCUUCCCUCGUCAUUUUUUUUGGGCAACUUCCCCCCUCGUUUCAAAACUUUGGAUCCAAGAAAGUAAAAGAAAGAAAGCAGACCGUUCCUCGACUUCUGUGUUCCCUCCCACUCCCUUCGUAUCUCCGCCACGACACAAAAGGACUCCGAGACCGGACUCGCCGCUUCAGCCUGGAGCCGCUACCAUCGUUUGAUUCAGAUUGAACGGUCUAGAGAUAGUAUAAAGAGGAGAGGGAUAAGAGACGAGGGCGAUGGUGGCCGGAAAGGUCAAGGCAGCGAUGGGGUUCCAGAAAAGCCCGGUGACGCCCAAGUCGGAGACGCCCUCGCGGUCCUCGUCGUCCCCGAGCUCCCAGAAGGCUCCACCCUCCAACUUCAAGGGCGGUGCCGCCGUCUUCGCCCGAUCCUUUGGCGUCUACUUCCCCCGCUCCUCCGCCCAGGUCCAGCCGCGGCCGCCGGACGUCGCCGAGCUCCUCCGCCUCGUGGAGGAGCUCCAGGAGAAGGAGUCACGCCUCCGCACCCAGCUCCUCGAGCAGAAGAUCCUCAAAGAGACCGUCGCCAUCGUCCCCUUCCUCGAGAAGGAGAUCUCCUUCAAGAACGACGAGCUCGGCCGGCUCAAGGAGAGGACCGAGCGCUUGGAGGCGGUGAAGGAAGCACUGCGACUCGACGUAGAAAGCUUGCGGUCCAAGAUCGAGGACGAAGAGGAGGAAGGCCGGCGGAAGGAGGGGAGGAUCAAAGAACUGAAGGCGGAGAUCGUGGAGCUGAGAAGGACGUCCGUGUUGGAGCAGAGCUCCGGCGACUCGAGGAGGCUCUCCGCCGGGACAGCGGAGACCGACGAGUGCUCCUCGUCCCAGAGGUUCCAGGGGCUCAUCGACGCCUCCGCGAGAUCAAAUCUUCUCAAGAACUUGAAAAAAGGCCCCAAAACCAUCGGCUUUGCUUCAAGUCAAGAGAUUCAGAAGCCGGAGCCUAUGGAUUCUAAGGCAGAGGAAGGGGAAACCGAGAGGACCCAAGAAUCUCGCGGCGAUAGACAAGAGAUUUCAAAACCUCGAGCUCCCAGGGUUCCAAGACCACCUCCGAUGCCCUCUAUGUCCUCCAUCCCCACAUGCUCUUCGUCCUCAUCGGAAUCCUCGUCUACCUCCGAGACGACCGCUAUUACAAGAAAUAAAGCUCCCAAAUUGGCGGGCUUGCCGCCGAUACCGCCGCCGGUGCCGGGAGCCAGAGCACGUCCUCCUCCUCCUCCGCCUCCGCCUCCGCCGCCUCCUGCGAAGGGGUCAAGAUCGGCGGCGGCGUCCGUGAGGCGGGUGCCGGAGGUGGUGGAGUUCUACCACUCGCUGAUGCGGAGGGACUCGAAGCGGGAGUCCGGAAGCGGAGUGCCGGACGCGCCCGCCGCCGCCAACGCGCGGAACAUGAUCGGCGAGAUCGAGAACCGAUCCGCUUACCUCCUCGCUAUAAAGACGGACGUGGAGACGCAGGGGGAUUUUAUUAGGUUCCUCAUAAAGGAGGUGGAGAACGCCGCUUUCGCCAGCAUCGAAGACGUGGUCGCCUUCGUCAAAUGGCUCGACGAAGAGCUCUCUUUCCUGGUGGACGAGAGGGCGGUGCUGAAGCACUUCGACUGGCCGGAGCACAAGGCGGACGCGAUGCGAGAAGCCGCGUUCGGCUACUGCGAUCUAAAGAAGUUGGAGUCCGAGGCGUCGUCCUUCCGCGACGACACCCGCCAGUGCUGCGCUUCUGCUCUCAAGAAGAUGCAAGCCCUUUUCGAGAAGUUAGAGCAAGGGGUUUACAACCUGUCACGUGUUCGAGAAAGUGCGACGAUCAGAUACAAGGGGUUUCGGAUCCCCUCGGAAUGGAUGCUGGAGACUGGAUUCGUCAGUCAGGUACUUUACGAGAUCAAGCUAGCUUCAGGGAAACUGGCGAUGAAAUACAUGAAAAGAGUCUCUUCUGAACUGGAGGCCAUAGCAGGCGGUCCUGAAGAGGAGGAGCUCAUGCUCCAGGGUGUUAGAUUUGCCUUCAGAGUGCACCAGUUUGCAGGAGGUUUUGAUGUCGAAACAAUGCGAGCAUUCCAGGAGCUAAAAGAUAAAGCUCGUUCCCUCCGUAACCAGUGCUAAAGCCAAAAGCCCGGCCCGAAACCAUCAUCAGAAGCGUGCAGGUCGACAUCUUGUUAGACUGGCAAGCAGUUUUUUUUGUGUAAAGACGGGGCCACAUUGUGCUGUUGCUAGAGCCAUUUUAUUUAUAUGUUUAUCACCAUUCUAUUUUACAUCAUUAUAAGACACCAAGUUUACAACAAGGAAAGCUGAAAAGUUCAAACUACCUGUUGCUUAAUGCAUUUGUAUUUAUUUAUUCA